AUGCGCGAUGAUCUUAGUCGGGAUAAUCUGAUGCCCACGCGCUCUGCCCUCCGUGCUCAGCAUGCAAUGGUGAUGGUCAAGUACGGCCCGCUGAACCCCCAAGGGGCUCACCAAACACCUAUGGUCAACCCCAUCAGAUCGAGUAAGUCAUUCAAGAUAUCCUUGAUGUGCAAGUGGGCGAAUUGCCAAAAGCUAUUCAAAUCGAAGGGUACUCUGAAACGGCACGUCAACACGCAGCAUAUAGAUCCGCAUUCGUUCAAGUGCCAGUCGUGCAACAAGUCCUUUAGCCGGAGGGACAAUAUGGAGGUGCAUUUUCGCCAGGUCCAUUGCAUUCGAGUAUGA